CAGUGAGGAAGUGUUAGCACGGGACGGUGCUGAAUUCCUACACAUUAAACGUUAUUUUGAACAUAGUCGUGCUGGGACUUAAAACAGACACUUUGACGAACGUUUCUCACUUUGUAAUGUAAAAACAUCUUUUUUAACACCUUGUAAAAGGCAUGCUUUAUUUAAUCUUAGUGUACAUACUGUCAGCCACGCAUAUUGUUUAUUCGGAAUCAGGGUCGCACUCGCUGUGGGUCUUUGCAACGUUUUUGACCGGAGACGGCUCAGUGCCGUUCUCGGAGUUCACUGCAGUUGUUAUGCUGGAUGAUAUUGUCAUCGGUCGUUAUAACGCAGAUGAGAGGAGUUUUGUCCCGGAGACGGUGCAAGAAUCCGUUAAUAUCACGGAACAAAUGACUAUAUCGACAGUCUGUAAAGGCAUACACGAGGGCAUGAAAACCAAAGCAUACUACUUAAUUGAUCACCUUAAUUGUACAAGAGGCCUUCACGUGCAGCAGAGGCUGGUUGGAUGUGAACUUCUCCGUGAUGAGCCUGGCCGAAUGAUGACACUCGAGGCCUUUAAUGGCGAGAGCGGCUUUGAACGACGGUAUAGCGUUCAAGGAGACCAGCACACCGACUGGAAGUGGCCUGUCAUAAAGAGUAGGGCACAGCUGGAGUACGAUGCGUGGCUCUAUGCCCACUUUUACCGCCCCUUGUGCAUUAGCCAGCUUAGAAAAUAUCUAAAAAAGGAGCAGAAGCGUGUGAUGGCAAAAGUGAGGCCUAGAGUGAGAGUGAUUAAACGGCUCCGUGUGGAGACAGGUAUAGUUCAGAUGGUCUGCCUGGCAACUGGUUUUUACCCUCGCCACAUUAAUCUGACCCUGCUUCAAGAUGGCCAGCCAGUUAAUGAGGAGAGGAUCGCAGGAGGUGAACUGCUGCCCAACCCUGAUGGAACCUAUCAGAUGAGGAAGAGCGUGGAACUCAGCGCCGAAGAGCAAAGAGAAAGACACACCUACACGUGUACUGUGACUCACCUCAGCCUGGAUAACAAGCUUGACAUCAGUAUAGAACCUGGUCCUGAUCCUGUUAUUGUAGUUCCCUCUGUACUUCUGUUGUUGUGUGUUUUUGGAUGUCUGGCUGCCUUUAAAAUAUGGAGAAGAUUUUCACCGGCCGAGCAGAUCAUCUACGCACCUGCCUCAGCAGCUGAUGAACAAACAAUUGAACAACAGCAGACGUGAUACGUGAAGUGGCACCAAAUUAUGUGUUCACAUUUACAGACUGGAAGAAUUUUGUAGUAUUUAUGAACUGAUUCAACUGCUUAAAUAUAAAAAAAAACAAACAAAAAAAAAACAUGUUAACAUCAGUUAACAUUAAUAUAAAACACACACACACACACACACACACACAAUAUUCAAACAUAUCCUUUCAAAAGAAUGUGUUAAUUGUAUAUUUUUACUUCUUUUUUGUGACAGGUUGGCAAGGUUAUAUAUUUCUUGUUUUAGAGGAAAAGAAGCUGUCUUAUCACACACAGAUUUGGUCUGUCUUAGUAUUGAAUAUUUCAAUAUUUGUAAGUUUUACGAAGUAUGUUUUGGGUAAAAAUAGUAUUUACUGCACAUAUCUAACAUGUUUCCUCUAAUGCCAAGUUUGUCUAAACACAGCCUCUCAGUAAUUAUUUAAUCAGGUAGCUACUGUAUAUUCAUGCAGCCUGUUUGUAAACCUCUCUUCAAGUUUCAGUGGUGUGCUAAUAACAUAAUAAAAUGUUAUCGUCACGCCACACUAAUAAAAACAUUAGUAACA